AUGGGCUUCGCAAAUCUGUGGUUCUCGCAUCCUCGCAAAUUCGGUCCAGGAUCUCGUUCUUGCCGUGUGUGCUCCAACCAUCAUGGUCUGAUCCGAAAGUACGGUCUCGAUAUGUGCCGUCGGUGCUUCCGAGAAUACGCAAAAGAUAUAGGAUUCAAAAAGGUAAGCGAAGUACUGUAG